AUGGACGGGCUGCAGGGAGCAGCGGUUGUGCGCGCGCGGCGGGUGCUGCACCGAUCGGAAGAUUCUUCAGAAGACGAUCUGCGAUCCGCCCUCAAGCACAUCGGCAUUGGCAGGCGCCCGUGCGACGCCGGAAUGGCGGGGCAGCUCCGGCCCAGGGGGGACGCGAGCGGCGGCGCUUGGAUCAGCUGCAGCGGCGAGACCAGGCACGGGGCCCCCUGCAGCGACUGCGGCAGCAGUCCGGCCGGCUCGCCCCGCGGCGGCCCCGGCAUUGCCGACAUCAGCGCAUCCCCAAAUGCGCUCGCCGGACACGCUGCCGGGAGCACAUUGAAGCGGCGCGGCCGCGAAGGGCGGGAUCAGGGGCAGGCAGCCAGCGCCGCCGCGGAGGGCGCACGCAGCGGCGGCGGCGACGCCGAGGGGUCGAGCCCCGCUGCAGAAGCAUCGCCGGGCAAAUCCUGGGUUUCCUCAGGGCGGAGCUCCGCCUCCCCGCGCGCGCCCCCGGGCCGCGCCAGCACCAGCAGCGGCGCGAGCAGCAGCGGCGGCACGAGCAGCGGCGGCGCGAGCAGCGGCGGCGGGGGCAGCUCGCGCGGGUGCAGCAGCCCGGUCGCGUGCAGCGCGCACAGCGGCGGCGGCGGCGGCGAUUUCGGCGACGACUGCGGUUUUGGUUUCCAGCUGGGCCUGUCGGCGCGGUUAUCAUGGGCUGAUGAGGUCGACGCCGCCUUUGGAGAUGAGUUCGAUCCCAUCUGCUCCGCCGCCAGCGACCGCGCCGUCGCCGGGCCCGACGCAGCGCCCGGCUCGGACCAGCCGCAGCCGCCGCCGCCGCCGCCGCGGGCCGCGUGUGCUGUUUGGGCGGCCGAGGGUUUUGUGGGGCGGCCGCGGGCUCGGCUGCGGGAGGACGGGCCUGAGGCGAAUCCCACGGACGUGUGGCGGCGCCCGGGUUGGGACGCGCCAGACCCGCCCCCGCCGCCACCGCGCCACGCCGCUCGGCCCGCCGCUGCCGCCGUUCAGCAAGCCAGCGGCAUUGACGGCUCUGGUGGCAGCGGGGGCGGCGACGCAGAGGAUGGCCGGGAGGAGUGCGGCGAUGAGAAGGUGGGCUGGGGGCGGCCCGGCGAGCCCUCACGGCGCCCGCCGCACGCCGCCGUCGACGCUCCCGCCGCGUCUGCCGUCGCCGCUGAGGCAGGGCUGGAGCCGUCCGAGCCGGGCACCAGUAGCGACGGCGCCGGCGACGGGGGCGGCGCAGCAGACGUAUUGGCGGUGGAGCGGGCUGCCUACAACAAAGCGGAGUACAAGCGCUGCGCUGCCUACCGCCCAAGCCCCGCCUACGCGCCCCGAGGCUCGCCGCCGCCGCCGCCGCUGUUCAUGUCGGCCUAUGACACAUGCGCCAGUUCUUACUUGUCGCUGUGGCUGAGGGAUCGCGACCCCUCAUCGCACGCGGCCCGCGCCGCGGCGCACGAGCGGCUGCUGUCGGCGCUCGCCGCGCGCGACGCAGCCGCCGUGGCGGGGCGGGGCGGGGCCGAGCCAGGCGUGCCCGCGGGGGGCGAGGCCGCUGCAGCUCGGGUGUGCGCCGCCGCCGGCACAAAGCAGCCGUUUGAGGAGGGGCAGCUGCCGGCUGCAGCGGCGCGCCCGCAUGGCCAGCACGAAUGGCGGCUGCUCGCGGCGCCCCCAACCGACACUCUGAGGCUCGCGCGGCUUGCAUACGCCCAGGCCAAGGCGGACGGCGCCGGCGCAGCACCCCCCACCCCACAAUCGCCGCCGCCGCGGCGGGUGGCUCGGCUGCAGCCGCAGCCGCAGGCUGGCCGGCCCCCAGCGCGGGGGCUGGCGCACGCUCAGGCCCGCGUGCGGGCGCAGGCGCGCGCCGAGGCGCUCGAGCGGGCGCGGCACGGCCCGCUCAACCAGCUGCGGGACGCAGCGGCGGCGGCCAAGGCGCAUGCGCUGUUCGCUACUAUGCAGGCGGGCGCGGCUGCCGCGUCGGCCACGCACGAGCAGCGUCUGAACGAAGCGCCAGCGCCAGGGCGAGAGCAGCAGGAGGGGGAUGGACAGCAGCAGCAGCGGCCGCAGUGGGAGGAGGGGCAGUCGUGGCAGCAUCAGCAGGAGCAGGAGCAGCAGCAGCCGGAGUGGGGGCGGGAGCAGAAAGUUGAGCAGGUACAGCAACAGCAGCAGCAGUUUGACCAGCAAGUGCAGCAACAACAGCAAGAGCAAGCAGAGCAGCAGCAGGAGCAGGAGCAGCAGGAGCCGGAAAAGGAGCAGCAGCAGCAGCAGCAGCAGCAGCAGCAGCAGCAGCAACAACAACAACUGCAGCAGCCGCAGCAGCCGCCGCAGCAGCAGCAGCAGCAGCAUCAGCAGCAGCAGCAGCAGCAGCAGGUGGCUAAGCAGCAGAGCCAGCCAUUGUUGCAACUGCCGCCACCGGAGCCGCAGCAGCGGCAAUCGGCCGCUCUGCAGCCCCAACCAGCCCCGCCGUCGGCGCCUGCAGCCCGCGUGAUCAUGCGCAUCGCGCAGCCCGCCGCCGCCACACCGCACGCGCAGCAGCAGCCCGCGCCGGCGCUGCCAAGGGAGUAG